UAGAAAAGAAAGGCCAAGGGCGGGCAGGGGGCUAUAAAAAAAUCUCGUGCUACUGCCCUAAUUCCCUUUGGACUUUGGCGUUAUAUCCAUCCUCGAGCCCCUCCCGACUCUCAGCCUCACCCUGCCCGCUGCUCUCUCCUCCGCGCCUGAUUCCAGUGGUGCUGCUGCUUCUUCUCAAAUCUCCAGGACAGACCAGACACACACACAGGGACACAGGGUAAGUUGCGGAGCAGCUAGCGGCGGAGGUGCUUUCUUCGUCAUGGAGUCGCAGCAGCAGCAGCAGCAGAUGGAGGCGGUUUCUGCGCCGGCCGCCGCUACGAACGGGGGCGGGGAGCUGAUCGGGUACGUGGACGUGCACGUGCGGAGCGCGCGGGACAUUCAGAACAUCUGCAUCUACCACAAGCAGGAUGUGUACGCGCGCCUGUCGCUGCCGGGGGAGGGCGCGCCGGCGGCCUCCACGCAGGUAAUCAAUGGCGGAGGCCGCAACCCGGUGUUUGACCAGUCGGUGCGCGUCGGCGUGCGCGCGGGGGACGUCGACGCCGCGCUCCGCUGCGAGGUCUGGAUGCUCAGCCGGGUCAAGAAUUACCUGCAGGACCAGCUGCUGGGGUUCGCGCUCGUGCCGCUCCCGGACGUCGUCGCCGCCGAGGGCGGCACGCUCGCGCGCGAAUUCCCGCUCUCCACCAACGACCUCUUCCACUCCCCGGCCGGCUUCUUGGAGCUCGAGCUCUCUUACAUCGGGGUCGUGCCCGAUGUCAUUCCCGUCUCGCCCACGCCCAAGCCUGCGCUGGCCGACCCGGACGAGGCCGAGAACGCCGGCGACGGAGCCGGCGCUGGCGCAGGGAAAGACUACGAGAAUAUGGAGUUCCCUGACAUGAAUCUUGUGGAGGAAAACCAGAUUAUGCUCUCGGAAUAUGUUGGUCUGCCGUGCACGGCCAUGGAAACGCAGAGCUCCGAGAGCCUCCUGACCUCAGAGGACGUGGAUGGCGCCGCCACCGAGUCCCACGACGCCGGCGUGCGAGUUGUGCAGAGCUUCUCGACGGACUACAGCACCGCCGACUCCUCGGCCGGCGCCUUCCGGAGCGAGACGGCAGUCAGCAGCGUGUCCACCACGGAGUCCCCGGCCGCGGCCGUCCCGGCUACCCCGCAGUCCAACCCGUCCGAGCCGUCAGGAAACGCCCUCUCCUCAGCAGGCCAGAAGGAGAAGGCCUCAGACGCGGCGGACGCGGCGGAGGUCGAUUCGUCUCACACCGUUCAGGAGAGCCCGGCGGUGAACUCACCCAGCACUGUGUCUGAGAACGCGGUGGACAAACCUCCGCCGGCGAUGAGCUUCAACUUCGAGCAGGAGGUGCAAGUGAACCAGAAGGAGAUCAUGGACAUGUACAUGAAGAGCAUGCAGCAGUUCACGGAGUCGCUGGCCAAGAUGAAGCUCCCGCUGGACCUGGACAAUGGCAGCGACAAGAGCGGGAGCGGCCCCGCCGCCGCCUCGCCCACUGAUUCCAGCGGCACCGACUCGAGCGCGGCGGCGAAGAAACCGACGGCCGGGGGUGCGCAGGAGAAAUCUCCCAAGGUGUUCUACGGAAGCCGAGCCUUCUUCUAAGCCGAACGAGCCCGGACGCCGGACUAGAAGAUGGCAUUUGCAGUCAUCAGUCUCAGCUGAAAAUCUUGGUAGCGCAGAAGAAUAACAAUUUUCUCAUGCUGUUGUUUUAUUUAGGCUUCGUCAGUCAGAUCGCAAGACGCAUUUGGAAAUUAGCUGCCCGGUCUUUCUUUUAAUGUAUCGCUCGCUACUCUAAUGAGAAAAUGUUUGGCUUCUUUUCUUCAAUAUAUAGACAUCUGAACUUGAUUUGCUA